CGACAUGAAAUCCAUCACGGGUGUCAAGGAGAAUGGGCGGUCCGCGCGCCUGCGCCUACUUAUCUAGAUACACCGGCGACGAGCCGCGUUAUUCUGGAUUCAAGGAGCACAUACAGUGAACGCCGCCAUGGGUAAACGGCUUUCUCCAGCAUCAUAAUCGGAGCCCUGCUGGUACAUACCUGCUGACUCCAGCCCCAUCAUGGGGGAGGUGGUCCAGAUGCACUUCACCACGGUGGACUACGUCAUCUUCGUUCUGCUGCUGGUGGCCUCUGCCGGCAUCGGCCUCUUCUAUGCCUUCUCCGGCGGGCGUCAGCGCACGACGCAGGAGUUCCUGAUGGCUGACCGCUCCAUGAGCUGCCUCCCAGUGUCGCUGUCCCUGCUGGCCACCUUCCAGUCCGCCGUGGCCAUCCUGGGCGCGCCGUCUGAGGUCUACGCCUUUGGGACGCAGUACUGGUUCCUGGGCGUCUCCUACUUUUUGGGUCUGCUAAUCCCAGCCCACAUAUUCAUCCCGAUCUUCUACAGGCUGCGUCUGUCCAGCGCCUACGAGGUCAUUUAUAUGGGGGUAGUGCUUUAUGCUCCAGCUCUGGCUCUUAAUGCAGUGACAGGUUUUGACCUGUGGGGGGCAGUGUUGGCUAUGGGACUAGUGUGUACUCUCUAUACAGCUCUGGGCGGGCUGAAGGCAGUCAUCUGGACCGAUGUGUUCCAGACCGUGGUGAUGUUUGCGGGGCAGCUGGCUGUCAUUGUGGUGGGAGCCGGUCAGGCCGGUGGUAUAGCUGAGGUGUGGAGAAAAGCCACCAAUGGCAGCCGCAUUGCUGGGCUUGACCUGAACCCAGACCCUCUGGAGCGCCACACCUUCUGGACGUUGGGUGUUGGAGGAGUCUUCCUCAUGUUGGCUCUGUAUGGCGUCAACCAGGCGCAGGUCCAGAGGUACCUGAGCUCCCGCACUGAGAAGGAAGCAGUCAUGUCCUGCUAUGUGGUUUUCCCGUGCCAGCAGAUCGUCCUGUGUAUGGGCUGUCUGAUGGGUCUGGUCAUGUUUGCUCGCUACGGAGAGGACAGCCCUCUGGUCAAAGGCUACGUCAAAACCACCGACCAGAUGGUGCUGUACUUUGUCAUGGAUGUGUUCAAGGAGCUGCCCGGCCUGCCUGGCCUGUUUGUGGCCUGUCUCUUUAGUGGAGCGCUCAGCACCAUCUCCUCAGCUUUCAACUCCUUAGCAACGGUAACCAUGGAGGACCUGAUAAAACCUUACUUUCCAAACAUGACUGAAUCAAAGGCCACUCUUAUGUCCAAAGGACUCGCUUUGGUCUAUGGACUGGUGUGUCUGGCUAUGGCCUACAUUGCCUCCUUAAUGGGAUCUGUGCUGCAGGCAGCCUUCAGUAUCUUUGGCAUGGUGGGCGGCCCCCUGUUGGGACUCUUCUGCCUGGGCAUUUUCUUUCCUUGGGCCAACCCUAAAGGUGCCGUGGUCGGGUUAGUGGCAGGCCUGGCCAUGGCCUUCUGGGUGGGGAUCGGAAGCUUUGUGAUGCGAAUGUCCCGCUCCUCAGCAGGACCCGCUCUGAACACCACCGCUCUGCCGCUGUUUGAUAACAUGACCUCCACUGCUCUGGCCUCCAUGGUUACCAGCCCCACAGCCAAACCCAGACCAACAGGAGUGGAAGCUCUCUACUCGCUGUCCUACAUGUGGUACAGCGCUCACAACUCAGCCACCGUGGUGGUGGUGGGGCUGCUGGUCAGUCUGCUCACAGGACCUAUGAAGGAGAAGGAGCUGACCCCAGGGACGGUUUUCCCCGUCCUCGGGACGCUCCUCUUCUUCCUGCCUGAGCGCUACAAGGAGAAGCUGUGCUGCAUCACUCCUCUGGCCAUGAAGGCAAAAGACAUUCAUACUCCGCCUUAUCAGAUGGCAAAGAAGGACAGCAACGGGGCGGCUUUCUGCGGGGAGGACGCCGCCGCAGAGGAUAAAUCACAAACAGAGGAGGAGAGGACUCUGCCUUCCUGCCAGCUGACGGCUCACAUAGUGGAGGAGACGGCCUUAUGAUGCUUUAAACCACACACUAUGACUUUAGCUGCUGUCGGACCCCGUCUCCCCGUUCAAACCCUGAUUAUAAAGCUGAUCACCACGCAGAGGGGACCGACCAUCGCCUGAAGCAGGUUUACGAGCUGAAAGGAGCAGACCGACGGGUGGGAGGUCGCAGAAAGGAGGCGGCUGCUGCUUUCAGACUCUCAGAUCAGACACACCUGUUCAGAUGCUCCAGUGUCGCGCAGGGAAUCGUUGCACAAAUGAAAUAAUUUAUUUUUGUAGCAUAAAAAAGAGACGGAAAAUUCUAGAGAAUAUGAAGAUCUAAUUAAACUAAAAUCAGAGAUGGAAGCGAGAUCGAGUGCAAAUAAUGUCACGUUUUGCACAGCUUGGUUUCAACCCAACAAAACUUUUUAGCUACUAAUAAAAAAAGAGGGGCUAAAUGUGUUCAUAGAGAUGAAGCUGUGGUGAUGAGAGCAGAGGUCAACUGGAGCCAUCCUGACAGGAACCAAAGAAUGCCGACUGAACGCCAGUUUGGUCGACUAAAAAUAAAGCACAAAACGGUGAAUUCAAGGAUACGUUUUAAUAACUAUACUUUAGAGUUACUAAAAAAAAAAAACGUGAAAUGAAUUUAUAUGAAUAGUCUUUAAUAGAAGGCAAGGUUACAUGUUUAGCACAAUUCAGUACAUGGACAAUUCAAUGUGCAUUACAUGAAUUAGAUAAUAAAAUAAAAGCAAAAACAUUAGUAAACAAGUAGAGGAAAAUACAUGUUCUUAACACGAACAUCAUAAACACUAAACCCUUAUUUUAUAGAAUGCUUUACACAGAUUUAAUAGAAUAAAGAAAUGAUUUAUAAAACAAAUCUACUGUAAAACUAUAAGAUUAAGAGCAAGCAAAACAAUAGGAAGAUAAGAAAAAUAAAAACUAAUAAUUAAACCAGACGGAGCCUCCUGGAAUCGAUGGGCGAAUAGAGGAGAGAUUUCACUGCUACUCAGUUAAUAAUUCUGUUUUCGCUAUAGCCUGAUUAUCAGCAAAACAAUAAAACUAAUUUAGUUUGUAAAAUUAGACCCCAGAAGGAGAGGACAAAGGGAGAAUUAAAGGAGUCCUGAGAUGCAGCCUUGAGGAGCGCCUUAAUUCGGAGCAGGUGAGCCAGCUGGAUGGGGAAGCAUCACCAUGUUAAAAAACAGCAGCAGCAGCUAGAUUAAUGAACCUAGAACAGAACUUUAGAAGGUCCACAGUGACCAAACCAGUUUCAGAUUUUUAUGUUGCUGUGCCGCCUGCUGAUCCUGGAUCAGGAUCUUGUUCCCACCAGAAAUUAUUUUAAAACGGAUCAUCACUGCAUUCUAAUCCAAAA